CAUCAUCACAGCCACGGAGGCUCGCCUUGCCUGCCUCGCGAACGCGCCUCAUCGGUCUCGCGAGCGCGCUUCCCUCCGUCCAAAGCGCGGGCAGCAGAGGAAGGAAGAAAGCAAGGAAGGAGGGAGGGAAGGACGUGCGUUUUACUUUGGUACAUUCAUACAUUUCGGCGCCUCGCUUGUCCCGUCCCCUUACUGAAGACUCAAAUUUACUUGACCGAUUAUCGAUACUCUCACACCAGCCUUUUCAGAGGGAGACAAAGAGGAGUCCCGUGGAGGUGAUGCGUUGCCUUCAGGUUCAUCCAUCAUUUUUUAUUUUUUAUUUCAGCCCCUUUGCUUACUCCGGACAGAUGCCGGGAGGGACACUUUUUUCCCCUCCGAGAAUUGAUCAUCUCGUGUGGACAAUAAGCGGAGUGAAGCCCUGAAGGCAAGCGUCCCGGAUCGGCCCCCACUUCCCCGUAAACCUUCCACUGCCAUGGAGAGCGCUCGCCCCCCCAUGUAGGAUGCCUGCCCCGUCCGACACCCGACAUCCCCUCCUGCCCGUCAGCACCACCUCCUCCUUGUCCUCGCGUGUGCCUGUUCUUGCCUCCAGUUCACUGCGGCCCCCCAGGCUGUGCCCCGCCCCGCUCCAACAUGGUGGAUGAGGCGACCGCCAUGAAGGAUGACGUCAUCAACGCCAACACGCUGGCUUGGCUGGUCUGCUCGGGCGUGUCCAUCCUGGCCAACAUGUGGAGCAUCCUCAGCGUCAGCGCCAAGCAGAAGAAGUGGAAGCCGUUGGAGUUUCUCAUCUGCACGCUGGCGGGCACGCACAUCCUCAACAUGGCCAUCCCCAUCACCAUGUACUGCGUCAUCACGCUGCGCCGCCAGCAUUCCAACUACGAGUGGAACGAGGGCUUGUGCAAGGUGUUUGUGUCCACCUUCUACACCCUCACGCUGGUCACCUGCUUCUCCGUCACCUCACUGUCUUAUCACCGCAUGUGGAUGGUACGCUGGCCCGUCAACUACAGGCUGAGCAAUACUAAGAAGCAGGCGGUGCACACAGUGAUGGGCAUCUGGAUGGUCUCCUUCAUCCUGUCCACACUUCCAGCUGUGGGCUGGCACGACACCAUCGACCGCUUCUACACCUCCGACUGCCGAUUCAUCGUGACAGAGAUCGGCUUGGGGUUUGGGGUUUGCUUCCUGCUCUUGAUUGGCGGUAGCGUGACCAUGGGUGUGAUCUGCAUCGGCAUUGCUCUCUUCCAGACCUUCUCCAUUCAGGCAGGCCACAAAGCGGACAAGAACAAAUUCAAUGUCCCCACCAUCGUGGUGGAAGACGCCCAGGGCAAGCGUAGAUCCUCCAUUGAUGGGUCGGAACCUCUUAAGACGUCAUUGCAGAUCACUUACCUGAUCAGUGGCAUCGUCUUCAUCUAUGACUUCCUGACUGGCUUCCCCAUACUGGUGGUUAGCUUUGCCAGUCUGAAGUUCGACCGCUCAUACAACUGGAUGGUUCUGUGUGUGCUGUGGUGCUCCAUUGUGCAGUCCAUCCUGUUGCCCAUGUUCCUGUGGGCUUGCGACCGCUACCGGGCCGACAUCCGCAUGGUGUGGGACAAGUGUGUGGCCAUCAUGUCCAAUGACGAGGUGGACGAGGAAAACAGCCAAGAUGGAGGAAUUCAUGUCGACUUAAUAUAUGACAGACCAUAUGACUAUAACUCGCCGCCUGAAAUCGUAGACCGUAAUGCCAAGUAUGAGCUCUCAACCUUAGAAAGGGGGGUCCCGCAAGGGUUUCCGGUGAGGGAACAGCAGGAAGAUAAAAUGCAGUAUUUGCAGGUGCCCCCUAUAAGAAGAUACUCCCACGACGAAACCGACAUGUGGACCAGCAACCGGAUCCCCUCCUACCUUCACCGGUGGGGCUCCAGCGAGGACAUGAUAGCGAGUGGCCACUACACCUCCACCUUGCCGCGCCGCGAGAGGCGCAGGAACAGCCUGGUCUCCUACCACGAGGAGAGCCGCCAUCCCCGUCACCUUCACCGCAAACGGCGGUGCUCUGAGGACACGCACUCCCUCAAGCACCUGCCGCGCGUGGUCUGCGGCCCCUACGAGGACGACCUGCGCUGUUUCAGCCGCGACGACGUCAUCAACUUUAUCGACGAGACGCCGCUGCCGAGCCCCAGGAAAAGCCCCCGGCGAGCGUCCGCCAUCACCCUCAUCCCCGGCGGCGUGUACGAGCAUCACGCCGUCAUCCUGCCCCACUUUGCGCUCACCGACUUCGAGCGUGAGCCCCAGGCGCUCAGGCGCCUCUCCGAACACAAAAGCAGGGGCGGCGGUCGGGGCGCCUCGCCCUCUCCCGAAGGUUCCCCCAAAGGAGACGGGCCUCACAGCCGCUGCGGUAAAGAGUGUCGGGACGCUGUGCGCGACGCAAAGUGCGAGGCGGGCUCGGUGGGGUGCAGCCCACGGACUCAUCGCUCUGCGUGCAGACCCAGGACAGGCGUGGCUGAUUGGGCCAUGCAGAAGCAGCUGAGCCAGGUGGAGAGUAAAGGAAGCACAAACAGUUUUGUAAGCACACCCUCAUCUUCGGGAUAUAUCACCUUUCACUCUGAUUCUGUUGGCUCCGCCUCCUAAACAAAUCCUUACUAUUAUUUUUAUCAUGGACUUACUUGCCUUUUCUACUCGUGUUUAACGAUCAUAUCCGUUCAUUCUUUCACAUUAUUCACGAAGGACGUCAUGUUUCGUUCUACAAGUUAAAACUUCCACUCCCUUCUUUAAGCUGUUUUGGUGUUGUUUCCUGUAAACUGCUGAUAUUAUACACUACGUUUUUGUAUAGCAAUUGUUGCUUUCUUCCCGUUCAUAAGCCUGGACGUUGAUAUAUGAUACAUCCAAAUAUUAUUAUCAUUUUAUUUUUAUUUUUAUCAAAGCUUCUUCUUAUUCCCGACCCAGGCAGAACAUUUUUAACUAAAAGAGUGGUGGUCCCAAACUGUACAGUGCUUGUUUGAGCUAUUGACAUUCAAUUGGAGGGCCCCUCACUUUUUAUUACAAAAAACAACAACUGAGGAUCAGGUUUUAGAUCAGAUUUCCAUGUGCUUUAUAUGAGGGGUGUUAUGUGUUUUCUUUUUUUGGAUUGAAAUAUUCCUCACUGUAUCUAAUUGUUCAGUUUAUUGCACCAAAAACAGCAACAUCCGAUUUUUUUUCUCCCAAAUUCCUUAUUUUUUGCAGCCCUAACAAAGUUGUACAAACUUACAGCCGAACCAGAUGUAGCAUGGCUUCAAUGGCGAAAACAAAUCAAUAACACACAUUAUAAAAAUGGACUUUAUGCAAACCCCGACAAGUUAACAACUAUAUGAAAUAACAAUGAUCAUCAUCUUCCUUAAGAUAAUUUGUUGUCAUUUAUAAGUUUUCUGUAAUAUUUAGUGCACCUUUUUUUUUUCUAGCAUCACAUCAAUACAUUGACUUGUUGUGUUUGCAAUAUAUUGAUUUUGUAACAUAUUCAGAGAUAUAUGGUUCAAAUAUAACUGAUGUUUGAUUGUUACGAGUUCCUAGAUGAUGACUUUGUUUUGAUUAAAAAAACUAACAAAAAAACAAACAAAUAUGUGACCGAUUAAAAUCACCAACUAAUGCAUCAA